AAAAUGAUUAGACAGGCGAGGGGAAACCUUCUCCUUCCCAGUGUUGCUAGUGGCUGCUGCCUCUACUAGGCAUGCUCAGCUGUAGCUUCAUGCAGUGCUGGAUUACAAUUCUGAAGCUGCUGCACAGCAAGUCGACAGAUGAAAGCAUGGGGGACUCACAAGUGAUGGAAGGCCCUUUGGAAGUAUCGCUUUACCUGGCAUAGCGGCUGUUCAAGCUUGCUCAGUAUGUUCAGUGUUGAGGAUCUCCUAGUUUCUCAUGGGUACAAAGUCUCUAAGAACUCUUCUUCCUCUUACCAACCCAGGAGUGAAGGAUACCAACAGGACCUAACAGACAGCAGGACUGGCAAUGGAAUGUUAAAUGGUUAUCAGGCCAACCCAGAGAUAUUUGCUGCAGAUCCCUAUGCUCUUGCUAAGGGCUUCUAUGGGGACAGUGAUAAGAGUUCUGCCAACAGGAGACUAGAGUUAAGCUCCACUGGGCACUCCAGGGACCAGAGAUGUUUGGAAGAAUGUCAUACUUCAGAAGCAGGGUUAUCUGACAGACCUCAAAAUGAAAGAGCACACUGGGCAAAGGCCGAUAAGGAUAUCCAGUACUGGAGAAGAAGAGGCCAAGACUUCAGUUUAUUAUUAGGACCAGGGACUAAUGAAGAAGAAGAACAAUUAAGGUCCACUACUGAUACUGAAGCAAAACUAAGGAGCAACAUUUUUGUUAAAAAUUCCAGGGAAGCAGCAAAGGAAGUUGUAGAAGACAUGGAAACUGUGAGAGGCAACGCCGUCUAUGACAACUGGAAACCAUCACUAGAAGAGCAGUGGGGAAAAUUAAACCAAUUGGUUAUGAAGGCUACAAAAACCUCAGAGAGAAUAAUGUCAGAAAGCAGUGGUGAGAAGUUGCUACAAGAUUUCAUCUCAUUUAACCAAGCAGACAGCCCCAAUAAGCUGGAAUCCCUGUCAUUGCCCAAAGGCCUUUCCCCUGACAGUAUAAAUCACAUUAGUCUGCCAGCUGUUAAAGGUGAAGACCAUGUGCUGAAGGAGGAUAAAACACAGCUGCAAAGCAACUGUGCUAUAAAUUCCGACUCCGAUGGAAAUUCAUCCUCAAACAAUAAACAUAGCAGACCCUCAAAACCUCCCUCGUAUGAAGUUCAUCAGCAAACAUGGGGAGUAGUGGACGCAGAGGAAGGUGAAGAUCAUCAACAAAAAGAUGAGCAUCACUCCAUUGCCAGUGUACAAGAUCCCCAAGAAUCCUGUUUUCAAGACUCAGGCCUGGAACCUCCUAAUUACAUACCUCCACCUUCAUACAAAGCUCCCCCUCUUCAGCAUGCCACCGAUCAAUAUUUUAACAAAGUGCCUAGCAUUCAUUACUACAGGCCAAAUAAUCCGGUGGCAAAAACCAGCACAAAGGACAAAUCUCCCACCAAUUCUCAUGAUAGUGACAUCCUAUACAAUAAGCCAGCCGACCAGAGGCACGCUGAUAAUUCUAUCCAUUCUGUACAAUACAUUCCUUUUGAUGACCCCCGUAUAAAGCAUAUACCAUUAAGUCAUGAAGCAGAAAAACAAAGACACCGCAAUCGCAAAACUGAAAUGAAAAAUGCUUUCCGGAUUGCACAUGCAAGUCACGAAGGUCAUCUUCAAGACAGAGAAAGUGCCUUUAUAGAUUUUAAAAGUGCAAAACAUAAUUAUGGGAAAAGAGAAGGAAUUAAACACAAACAGUGGAUGCACGUCUCUAUCCCAAGUCAGAUAUGCUGCUCGUUGCCUGAAACCAGAGAAGGGUCCACUGCGUGUAGCUUACCAGAAAACAGUGACCCCUCUGACAGGUUAACAUUAAAAAAGACACAUUCGGACAGCGCUUGCGAAAUAGUCACAAAGGUGAGGAAGUUUGGACCCGAAGCUUGUCUCCACAACAGGAAAAGUUCAAAGAGAAAGUUGAAUGAAACAAUAUUUUGCUUAGUGUCUAUUCCAAUCAAAUCUGAUUCUGCCCCAUCAGAUAUGUGGAAGAACAACAAGAUUUUAGCAGACAAUGUGGACAGGAUGAACAUGUUAAAACACAGCAACGGGGGUCUGUUUGACGAGGGACUUUUAAGUGCGUCUUCCAGUGAUUUGGAGCUGCAAAACCUUACAGGAAACAUGAACAAUAAAGCGGAGCUGCAAAAACACGACCAGUCCAAAACAGAGGAAAAUAAACAAGCGAAUGACCUCAGAGGUGGAGAUCCAAGGAAGCAUAGGGAACUUGCCUAUUCUGGUUCUUGGCCAGGUGAUCAGUACAAAGACCAGCAAACUCAAACUGUGUUUAAUGACGUACAAAAUUCUAAAUAUUGUAAUGGAACAAAAGCAAAUGAGCUGCACAAUAAAUCUGCAAACUCUCACUGUGGCUCUGAAAGCGGGCUAGAAAAGCCAAAUGCCAGGCAAAAUAUGUUCAGUAUUAAAGGCCAGAUGAGUCUUAGCCCCUCCAGCAACAGUGCAUUUUCAAGAACAUCCUUAUUAAUUACUCACAUGCCUAAAACAGAACCAUGUCAGAAGCCAGAACAUUGUAAUGAAAAUGCAGAAGGAAAGGAAAAAAUAGCAACUGGUAAAUAUGAAAAGAAAGAGAGUGAUUUGGAACGUUUUUGCAAUAAAAAGGAGGUGUUCGGGCAGUUUCUUUUGAAACCUGUUAAUCGACGACCCUGGGAUGCAAUAAGUGAACUAGAAUGUUUGAACAAAGAGUUUCAAGAGCAAGAAAAAUGUUCUGAUGAUGGGGAUAGAAGGGCAAUAAAGGAGCAGAGCAAAGAAUCACCGAUGGACGUGUCUGCAAUCAGGAGCGAAAUGGUGGCUAACAAGCGCCAUGUGAUUGAAGUAGAAGAGGUUCCAGUUUUUGAGCCUUCGCAGGUCAAAUGUAUGUCAGAAAGUUGGUACCCUGAAAAGUUAAAAUGUGACAAGGUGAAGAGUGGUGCUGAACUUCAAAAGUCUGGCCAAAUAAAAGAUGGCAAAUGUAAAUCUGAAAAGUCGUCAGAUGGAUGCGUGAAAACGGAAAAGCAAGUCCAAAACAAAAGGAUAGGAACUAGCAUAAAUCUUCACACUGUUCUCACCCCUAUUGUGGACCAAAAAGACAUCGCCGUGCAAAUAAAUCCGAGCAACAUCCAGAUACACAAAAACCUUCAUGCCCUUGAGCCAAGUUGCAGUCUUUUCAGGCAAGCCAGAUUUCACUUUGAGCAUUUGGAGGUCUCAGAAAAAAGCAGCCAGGUUGAUGUUAAAGCAAUAAGAAAGGUUUCUCAGAACAACAGGAAUCCAGGGCUUUCGAUUUCUAAUCGAAACCAACAUUUCAUCACUGCAAACUAUAAUGGAGAAGACCACGAGCCACAGAGUGACCCAGAAAUUGCAGAAACGGAAUCUCUGCAAGAGAGAGCCACACGGAUUUUGGGGAUUGAUGUAGCAGACUCACUUGUAUCUACUGGGAGCUCUGAAGGACAAAGCCCUGAGAACCUUGCCUUUAGUGCUGUUGUACAAAAUGAAGCAAAAUUGAAAGGAAAAGUGUGUGAGAUGAAACCUUCUACCAAGCAGAGUCCAGACAUCUGCAACAGUGUUCUCCAGCCUCAUAUGCAUUUUGAUAAAGAUGUAGAAAACUUUGCACAAGUGCUGGACCAGCCAUUUAUAAAUCAGCCGCUUUCUUUGCCCAGUGAAGUUAGCGCCUUCCGUAACUGUGAAAAGAAAGUGAGAAACACUUCAAAGAUGAUUGAAACCUUACAGGGAAAGCUUGCUUCUACGCCUCCUCGAACUGCUGUGGAUCGGCUGGCACGGAUGAAGGAGGUUGACUCUGUGUCUCGCAUGAGACGGUUGAGCAUUAAAAGUACCGAUUCGGGAGAUGAAAUAGAGGAUGAGAAACAAUUGUACAGAGGUCAGGAUGGAAGCUCACGCAAAUUUUCUGCUGGUGCCAUCUACAAAAGGGUCAUAUCCCUGGAUGAAAGUUUGCUUAUUACAACAAAAAGCAGAGAAAAGUUGGAGCUUUCAUUUGCUGAGUCUUACGACCCUACCAGAGUGGAAAGAGUUUAAUCUGGAUGCAUCAAGAGAAAGAGAGGAUUCUGCUCAUGUAAUGCCACACAGCGAGUAAUUGAAUUGGAAAAAAACAGUCUUUUUCAUGUUAUAAGCUAAGAAAAAUUGUUUUGCUCCCAAGUUAUUUAUGGCAUAUACUAACACUGCCUUUAAUACUGCCAAACCAAACUACCCAUGAGUUCCGUGUGCAACGACAUCUUCGAGAUAAGAACAAAAAAAGUCUGACGUUGAAAUAUCUGCGGGUUUUUUUUCCCCUUUUUUUGUUAGAAAAGCACAUUUGCAUCUUGUUUCUCUUUCCAACGAUGUCUGUUAAAAUAAACCUAGAACAGAUUCACAGAUCAAUCCGCCAGUUCUAGCUUGUGAAUGUAGUUUGGGUCUGUGCAUAUUGGGUAAGAUGAUAUAAGGCUCGUAAGCACAUUUUUAUAAGAAUCUGAAUGUAUCCACACUGACACUGCACAUAUCUUUUGAACGCUACUGUUUCCUUAUAGGAAAUAUAUUUUCUCGACCUUCCGUUUAUUUGCCUGUUUUUUAGGACUGUUCUAAUUUGGAUAGCUAUAUCGGUCGUGUUGCAGACACUUUGCUUUACUUUUUGAUUGAGGAUGUUUCUUUAAAGGUGAUGAGAGGGGUUUAGGUCAUAGGCUUUGGCAGCUGUAAGGCGGUUAAAUGGAGCAGUGAACUGCAUAUUGGUUGCUUUAAAUUUGUAGACCAGGGCACAAAUUUUGCUCACGUUGGGCAUAAACUGUAAGAUCAUCUGGCGAGGUUGGUUUGACCACUAAUGUGCUGGGCCAAAUCAGGAUGGUCCCAUGGUUUGGCUCUUGGGUAAUUAUUAGGAUUAUGAUGGGAGACCUGUUGGGAGAGGACUGUAUGAACUUGCCAAUGUGCUCAUCGUCUGAUGGGAUUUUCUAACCUCAGAAAUCUGACUGCCAAUAGAUAUCUGGCUGUGGUGCAUGGAUCACCCCAAAACCUGAGGGUUGUAGGCCUUAUCUUCUUUUUCUGGCUGUUCAGUGCAGAGAAAAACGGGACUUUCCAGUACAAAUGAGGGACUGUGGGUUGAGCUGUCAAAAGAGGGACUGUCCCUCUAAAAACAGGACAGUUGGGAGGUAUGCUAUAGAUGCAAUUAAGCAGUGAAGGAAUUAUUAACGCACAGUAGCAACCAUAAGCUCAACUGUCUCUUGCAGGGUGAAUAUAAAUGCCGCAAUCGCUUGAGAGGCACUAUCACUGUGACGGCGGUCUAAAUAGAUGUCUGUGUGUGUCUGCUUAUUCUUAGUGCUUUAGGUGCUUUCUUUUGCCCUUGAUGAAAAGGCAAUAACCUGGGAUCCAAGAUGAGCAGGGGAAUCUUCAAAAAAUGAAUUUAACCAAAAAUAGCACUUCAACACAUUUCAGCCCCAGCUGUGAUAAUGUACACUAUAUGGCAAAAUGUAUAUGGACACCCAUACUAUAUAUUGUGCCUAUUAUUGCCGACACAAGUGUCAGAUCAUUCAAUGUCAUUCUUGACUAUUCUGUGCUUCCUACUUUGUGCCAACAGUUGCUCUUUUAUUUUUCAGUACAGUAAAGAUCCUAAGGACAAAUCAAGGUCAAUACAGAAUGGGUUUUCUGAUGGUAGUGGUGAACUUGUCUGGUCUACACAGAGCAAUGACCUCAACCCAAUAAACACCUGUGGGAUGCAUUGCGAUGCUUACCAGGCUUGAUGCCCAACUUAUGAAAUAUGAAUGGAAACAAAUCCCUUUAAGGGUAGUGCCAGACGGGGAGAUUAGUCGCCCAGUGACAAAUCUUCUCUACUUCGGGCGACUAAUCUCCCCUAAAUGCCUUCUCACUGGCAAGAAUACGAAUCACUGGCGGGAUGGCAUAAGAAACGCUUCGGUUUUCCGAAGUCACCAGAAAUUUCCUUGUCCUGCAACUUUGGGAGACUUUUUUUCGGAAAUCAGAAGCGUUUCUUAUGCUUUUCUGCCGGUAUUCUCGCCUGCGGGAAGGCAUUUUGGGGAGAUUAGUUGCCUGAAGUAGAGAAUAUUUGUCACUGGAGACUAAUCUCCCCAUCUGCCAUCACCCUAACAUUGUUCCAAUGUCCAUAGUGCAAUGCCUUCCCAGAAAAGUAGAGGCCGUCAUAGCAGCAAACAAAAGACCAACUUCAAAUGAAUACUCUUGGUUUUGGAAUGAGAAGAUGCUGGCCAGCCAGGUGUCCCAAUACUUUUGGCCAUAUAGUGUAGUCUUUAAUGGGCAGAAAGUUUUGCGUUAUAGCUCAUUCUGUGUUGGAUGUUAUAGUAAAAUCCUUUGAACAGUAAUUGCCCUUAUCCAAUAAGUGCUCAUGGUUGGAUUCACUUCAGUGACAGCCCCCUUAUUGGUCAGUUAAAUAAGGAAAUUGGAGCAGGGUUCCAUUAAAACGUUGGCACUUUAUUUCUAGGGAUCCAGUUAACACAGUUUGAUAAGCUGUAUUGUUCUUGCAGAAUGUAUAAAUUAGAACUAUGAUGUAUGUAAAGUUUCCUGACUUUAGAGUGUAUUCAAGCUGUUUAACACAACACAGUGUGGCUACAUAACUUGAGACCAUUUUAAUUAGAGGCAGUAGCCAUUGAAAAGUAAAACUUUUCUCUUUACUGUCUGGGACUGUUCAUAACAAGUAUUACCAUUCUACUAGUGAUAUGAGUUAUUAUAUGUUAUACCCUUGAGACAGAUUAGGGGGCACAUUUACUAACCUCGAGUGAAGGAUUCGAAUAUAAAAAACGU